AUGGCCACGAAAAGUCUCUCCAAUGUCGCAGUGUUAACACACGAGAAUAAAAUAUGGUCGCGCAAGAAAAAGCAAAAGAAGGAGCAAGUUAAGGAGGUUUUAGAGUUUCUCACAGGCUUUCAUAAACGAAAGCUGGCUCGAAAGGAAGCGGGAAAAGCAAAGGCACUUGAAAAGGAGCGACAGCAUCGGCUGGAGGAGCGAAGAGAGCGACGGAGAGAACUGGCCGAACGAGCCGCUCAAAACGCCAAAGAAAUCGAACGGAGCUAUGGCGCAGAAUACAAUUCCGAUGACGAGAAUGCCUCUGCUUCCUCGAGCAAAUCCGAGGUAGAGGACGUGCAAUUCGAAAACGAAGAGCAGCUCGCCACUGUAACAGUCGUAGACGAGUUUGAUCCGAGCACCUUGGGCCACAUGUGGCAUCACACUCGCAUCGAGAAUCUCGCUCGUCACCUCCGCCGAAUCUCAAGUCGACAAAACCUACUCGUCCCAAACCUACAGUCGCUCCAAAGCCCAAAUUCCGAUACGAGACCAAAGCAGCUCGCAAGCACGAGAAAAUGA